CCGCUGAGGGGCCGCUCGGGGUGCAGGAAAGGGCCGCCGGGCCUGGCCGGCCGCACUCGAGCUGUCGGGGCCGCGGGCCUGAGGGAGGAGGAGGGGCCAUGGCCGGCGACGGGGCCCGGAAGCAGUUCUGGAGGCGCAGCAACGGCGAAGUCCCGGGCAGCAUCCAGCAUGUGUACGGCGCCCAGCACCCCCCCUUCGACCCACUGUUACACGGCACCUUGCUCAAGGGCGCGCCCAAGGCGCCCGCCACACCCGUGAAGGCCAAGAGCAUCAGCACCUUCCCGGAGUUUGAGAGCAACACCAGCGACGCCUGGGAUGCCGGCGAGGACGAUGACGGGCUCCUGGCCGUGGCAGCCGAGAGCCUGAACACCGACGUGGUCAUGGAGACGGCCCACCGCGUCCUGCGCAACCACAGCCAGCGGCAGGAGCGCCGCAAGCCGCAGGAGGCGCCGGGCCCCGAGCAGGAGCCACAGCCUUCGGCAGAGCCUCCUUCGGUCCCGAGCGGUGACCUCCGGCUGGUGAAGUCCGUCAGCGAGAGCCACACAUCCUGUCCUGCAGACAGCGCCGGCGACACUGCUCCUCUGCAGCGGUCCCAGUCUCUCCCGCACUCGGUGGCGGCCGCCGUGGGUGGCACGUCUGACCCCAGCGCCCUCAGCAGCUCAGCGUUAAGUGAACGAGAGGCCUCCCGGCUCGACAAGUUCAAGCAGCUCCUUGCUGGCCCGAACACAGACCUCGAGGAAUUACGGAAGUUGAGCUGGUCCGGAAUCCCUAAGCCGGUUCGUCCAAUGACCUGGAAGCUGCUCUCAGGUUACCUUCCUGCCAAUGUGGACUGAAGACCAGCCACUCUCCAGAGAAAACAGAAAGAAUAUUUUGCUUUUAUUGAGCACUGUUACGACUCUCGGAAUGAUGAUGUUCACCAGGACACCUACAGGCAGAUCCAUAUAGACAUCCCUCGAAUGAGUCCAGAAGCAUUAAUACUUCAACCCAAAGUGACAGAGAUUUUUGAAAGGAUAUUGUUUAUAUGGGCGAUACGUCACCCUGUCAGUGGAUAUGUUCAGGGGAUUAAUGACCUUGUCACUCCUUUCUUUGUAGUCUUCAUGUGCGAACACAUAGGAGCAGGAUCUGUGGACUCCAGGGGUGAUGUGAGAAACCUCAGAAGCCUCCCUUGUCCGUGUUUCCCUCUUCUGUCCCGGUGCUCCAUUCCUUCCUAAGGCCUUGUCACCCGGACCAGAGCAGUGAAUCUGGAACCUCUUCCAAAUGGAGACCCGGAGGCUGCAACAAGGAGGGUCUUGGCCUUGGUCCCCAGACUAGUGGGGUAGGUGGGGGACAGGUGCACCAGGCACGCAGGCCUCCCCACCGAGAGGGCCAGCCAGGUGUGUCAUGCCCAGGUGUGCACAGACGACCUGCCCACAGCUCCUGUACCAUGAUCCAGCCCUGCGGCAGAUGUGCACGAGACCCAUGGCUCCACACCUGACCGGUCCCCCGCGUUCCCUCACCACCUCGGAGACAAGGGCUCCGACGGCAACCCCGUGUGUAGGGCCUGGCCUCGUGGCACGCAGGGUCCCCAGCAGACACCUGAGGUUCGGAGAGGGGACGUGCCAGGCCCGAGACACACAGCCCGCAGGGCCCACUCAGGUUCACGGUGGGGCUGAUCUGUGGAUCAACGAGGGACAAUUCACAACACAGAAACUGCAAAACUCUUCCUGUCCAUGUCCCGAAGUGCAACAGAAUAUCCAAAUUGGUUCGGAGCUCCAAGCAGUCACCUGGGGACCCUCGGACAUCCUCUUUCCUGUUGCAAGGACAAUGCCAUCAUACCCACGAGCUUGAGGAGGAAAGUGUGGAGGAGGGUCUCGCCUCACCCUGGACCCGUGUCAUCCUGGACCUGAAGGACUCCUGAGCAGCCACCAUCGUCCUGCCCUCCAGAAUAAGGGACCUUCCCUUCAGACCCAGCCCACCCCAGCUCCAGAUUUGGUCAGUGGCCCCAACAGAGUCAGGGGGCCCUAGUCUUCUCCCCUCGCUUGGUCUGGGGACCACAAUUGCCCCCCUCUCCAGGCCCCCCACCGCGAGCCACAGUCUCCCCCAUACUUGCCCUUAUGAAUCCACUUGGGACACCCUCCGUAUUCCUCCCUGCAACAUACUCAGUGAGAGACCCUGGACAGCACUGGGGCUGGGUGGGAGUCUGAGGGUAGGCCUGAGAGAUGAAAUGGCCUGCUUUGUGGCCCCUUCUGAGACCCUGGCCUUGGCCCUGUGCUCUAACAGCAAGAGCAGAGAGUGGUUGAGCCGCAGGUGCGAGGGCCUGUCUGGUCCAGCUAUUGGGCUCCAAGGGCAGUGUUUUCAACAACCGCUGGCCUGUCUGAAGUGGGACUCUGGAUCCUAGAGAACAGGCACAAGCUCCACAGGGGAGAAGGAAGACCCAAAGCCCCAACUUUUCUCCCCCAUCUCACCACCGG